CGUCUUUCUCAAUUGAGAGCGGCCUGGAAUCGAGGCUAAUCUAACUCUAUCAUGUUUCACUGAGAGUGAAGGAGGAUGGAAUUGAGGUCAUGGAGGUACAGUUUUCCUGUUGGUGUGUUUCUUGCAGCCACCUGUAUCAAGAUCCUACUGAUACCUGCCUACAGGUCGACUGACUUUGAGGUCCACCGGAACUGGCUGGCCAUCACACACUCACUACCGCUGUCAAAAUGGUAUUACGAGGCCACGUCAGAGUGGACACUGGACUACCCACCCUUCUUUGCUUGGUUUGAGUUCCUCCUCUCCCAGCUAGCUGCGCUGGUGGACCCUCUGAUAGUACAGCUGGACAGCCUCAGCUACAGCGCUUCGUCCUGUAUCCUCUUUCAGAGACUCUCUGUCAGUGUCACUGAUCUUGUGCUCCUCUAUGCCGUACUGGAGUAUGACAAGUUGCCUAGAGACAAGAUCAGCCCGGUACGACCCACCUCCACACUGGCAGUUCUCCUUCUACUCAACUAUGGACUACUAGUUGUGGAUCACAUUCACUUUCAGUACAAUGGCUUACUGUUCGGUCUCCUACUAUUAUCAGUGGUCCGAAUCCUGCAGGGUCGCUGCUUGGCAGGUGCCUUCUGGUUUGCGUGUUUAUUAAAUUUCAAGCAUAUCUUUGCUUACGUGGCCCCAGCUUACUUUGUCUACCUUCUCAAACACUACUGCUUCAAGCACAGACAUACAAAAGGGCAAGACAAUGCGAUUAGAACUCCUUCUUUUGUGAAUUUUGAUGUGGUAAAGUUUGUAAAAUUAGGAGCGUUGGUGAUCAUCGUUUUUCUCGUCUCAUUUGGACCAUUUCUUUACCUGGGUCAAAUGGGCCAGGUGAUCUCGCGACUGUUCCCGUUCAAGAGGGGACUAUGCCACGCCUACUGGGCUCCCAACGUUUGGGCACUCUAUAGUCUGGUAGACAAAGUGGCAGCUGUGGUUGGUAGGCAGCUUGGUGUGUCUGUGUCAGCUGCGAGCAUGGUGUCAGGUCUGGUAGGAGAGAUGAGUUUCCAGGUCCUCCCUUCAAUCUCACCACCUGUGACUUUCCUCCUCACCAUUGCAGCCAUGCUGCCUGCACUGAUCAAGCUCUGGAAGAGGCCUUCCACACCUCUUGACUUUGUGAAGGCUCUCAUCCUCUGUGCCUAUUCAUCCUUUCUCUUUGGAUGGCACGUUCACGAGAAAGCUAUCAUGAUGGUCACUCUGCCAGCAUGUUUUCUUGCUAUGGAAAAGCGGUGCUAUGCUAGGAUCUUUCUCGUUCUGUCAACAGCUGGCCACAUGUCCCUCUUUCCGCUCCUCUACAAACCAGCGGAGACUCCUAUUAAGCUAUCUCUUUUCAUCCUCUGCUCGCUAUUGACUCUUCUUGUACUUGAAAGACACUACAGAUUCCAUUACCCUAAAGGAGGAGAGAAAACAACUCCAGAAAGUGUUUUAACUCGUGAAGAUGAACCUUGGCUUUCCAAGAUUGAACUGGUUUAUGUGAUCUUUCUAAUGUUCAUUCAAGCUUAUUGUAUUUUUCUUCAUGAGCUGCUUCCAUUCACCAAACAAUUACAGUUUUUGCCCCUUCUCUUGACUUCAGUCAGUUGCGCAAUAGCAAUUGUAUGGACAUGGUUACAGUUAUACUUUAAAGUAUUGUUUGGCUGAUCUAUUAAUAGUUAUCCUUUGCAUUAAUAUUUGUACCACUGUAUUUUUCUUCGUGGGCUGCUUCUAUUCACCAAACAAUUACAGAUUUUGCCCUUCUUUUGACUACAUGUACAAUCAUUAAUUUUGUGCAAUAGGAAUUAUAUGGACAUGUUACUAUUUGGCUGAUCUAUCGUUUGCAAUGCAAUUUAUUAAUUCACAAG